UCCAGAUCCUCAGCAGAACAGUCCACUCCUGACACCAUGUGCUACUACGGCAGCUACUAUGGUGGCCUGGGCUGUGGCUAUGGCUGUGGCUGUGGCUAUGGUGGCUAUGGUGGCUAUGGUGGCUAUGGUUAUGGCUGUUGCUGCCCCCUAUGCUGUAGAAGAUACUGGUCCUAUGGCUUCUACUGAGGAGGUUCCAUAGCUUCCCGGCUACUGGUUAUAACCUGCUGACUUCCUGGAAUUUUCUUCAUAUGAUAAAUUUUAAAUAACUUUAAAAAACCAACAACAUUCUACAAUAUAAGUAAAUCAAAAAUAUGCAACAUGUUUUUUUGACCCAUUGGCAUCCAUUAAUUAAAUAAUGGCAUAGGUCAGAGCACAGUUUUAGUAUUACUUUUAUAAUGCUAUAUAAAAUGUAAUGCAAUUAAACCCUUAAGUUGUGUAAACAAAUUUAUUAUUAAAUAAAC